AUGAUUAUACAGCGACUAAAUUACAAUGACAACUUGAUCGUAGAAACGAAGGCAUUAACAUCACUGCUUGAUGUGUUGACAGAAUUCAUAUGGCGCAGGGAAGAGCCUAAAAUCAGUCAAGGCUUGUCUCUAUCAUCGCCCCGCAAAACCGGCCCAUUCGCGUCGAAAUCCUCUCCACCGCUAAGACCCAAGAAGUCUUCAAAGUCACCUUCGCCAUCCAGAGGAAAAUCCAGUUCUUCGAGAAACUCACCUCAGAUGGACGGCGUUGUGUCACCUCCGUCAAGUCUUAAUGGAAAGAAUUCCCUGGAUGCAGAAACUCUCCGAGUUUUUGAUCCUGAGACUAUGCGAAUUCGUCAAAUUGUAUCCGGAUACGGUGCGGAAAACGGUUCUGUUGAAGGGCCUUGGGAUUACGAACCUGGACCGCCUUUCACACUCACCGUGGCAGGUGUUUGUGACGCGAAUGAUAUGUAUUACUUUCCAUUGCAAGAGCAAAUUGCCUAUUUAGAAAGCAAGCUAAUCGAUUUGGCAAUGCGAUACAACAAUCUGGAAGACGAACAUCGCGUGGUACGCCAAAGUCACGAGCAUUUGAACCGAACGGUGCGGGAAGCAAAUUUGGUUGCCCGGGAUCAAGUGGUGUUUGAAAACCUCAAGUUGAAAUAUCAACUAGCUGCGACGGAACUAGAGGACGCGAGAAAACUAAUCAGGGAACUGCGACAGCUGGGGUGGGAAAAUUUGCCUCAACGAAUGCUGUAUGAAUGCAAGAAGACUCAUGAUGAAAUGGACUUGUCAAGCACAUGCCUGUUAACCCAUGAUAAAUCCAUGUUCAUUGUUCAUUGUUUCCAAAUGAAGGAGAACCUGUCAAAGUAGGUUCAAUGCUCGAUUUUACAACCAGCAAGCCAAAGUC